AUGCAAAACGGGGGAACCUCUUCGACACCGACUGGACCUCGUAUGCAAUCCAACUUCCAGAGACAAAUGAACGGCAACAUGAACGGCGGUCACCAUGGCUUCUCCCACGGAGCCUUCGCUACGAAUCAGCCAGGCUACGCCGACAGGCACCCUGAGAGGUUGAACAACAUGUCCAUCAACACUGGAAGGCUGAACCCUAGCAACCAGAAUGGCGCUGAUAUGCAGACUCCUGGCACUGGCUAUGACAUGAACUUCACCCCGUUGUUGCCCUCGCAGCUUCUUCUGGGCAGCCCUUUCCAGCCAGGUUCUCCCUCGGCCUUCGCUUCACCCCAGUUCCAGAGCUUCGGCAACUUCGCUGGUCAGAACCAAGUGCAGCAGAACAACCAGUCUAACCAGAUGGGUAGCCCCUUGCAGCAGCCCCUUUCACCCCAGCUGUACCAGGGCCUUGUCUCGCCUACCAGCAUGAACGGACAUGGCUUCUUCAAUGGGCCCCAGUCGCCCACUGGAUUCGGUGGCUUUGGUGCGCAAGGCCUCGGUGGCUUUGGCUCGUCCAUGCCAAUUGCCCCCGGCCUGGUUUCUGGCACCAGCAGGACUGUUUACUUGGGGAACAUUCCUCCCGAGACAUCUGCGGAGGAGAUCCUCGGCCACGUAAGAAGUGGUCAGAUUGAGUCCGUUAGGCUUCUGCCCGACAAGAACUGCGCGUUCAUCUCUUUCUUGGAUAGCAGCUCUGCUACCCACUUCCACUCGGAUGCAAUCUUGAAAAAGUUGUCGAUCCGGGGUCAGGACAUCAAGAUUGGGUGGGGCAAACCUUCGCAGGUACCAACUUCGGUGGCCCUUGCUGUGCAACAGUCAGGGGCUUCCCGAAACGUCUACCUUGGCAAUUUGCCCGAGGAUGUCUCCGAGGACGAGCUGCGCGAGGAUCUCAGCAAGUUCGGUCCAAUCGAUACUGUGAAGAUCGUCCGUGAGAAGGCCAUCGGUUUCGUUCACUUCUUGUCUAUCGGCAAUGCCAUCAAGGCUGUUGCUCAACUCCCCCAAGAGCCAAAGUGGCAGGCGCCUCGCCGUGUCUACUACGGCAAGGACCGAUGCGCGUACGUUUCGAAGACCCAGCAACAGAACGCGGCGCAGUACCUUGGAAUUGCUCCUGGAUAUGCUCACGUUCUCAACGGAGCUGACCGUGACAUGAUCUCCAACGCUCUUGCUCAGCAAUCUGUAGCGGCAGCAGCUGUCGCGACAUCCGCCGGCGGUGUUAACAACUUGGGUAACCGUACCGUGUACUUGGGUAACAUCCACCCGGAGACCACCAUCGAGGAGAUCUGUAACGUCGUCCGUGGUGGCCUACUCCACCACAUCAGGUACAUUCCUGACAAGCACAUCUGCUUCGUGACCUUCAUUGAUCCCACCUCUGCUGCGUCCUUCUAUGCUCUGAGCAACCUGCAGGGUCUCAUGAUUCACAACCGUCGUCUCAAGAUUGGUUGGGGCAAGCACUCGGGUGCUCUUCCGCCUGCCAUUGCCCUGGCUGUCAGCGGAGGUGCCUCGCGAAACGUGUACAUUGGCAACUUGGACGAGUCGUGGACCGAGGACCGCCUCAGGCAAGACUUCUCCGAGUAUGGCGAGAUUGAGCUCGUCAACACACUGCGCGAGAAGAGCUGUGCCUUUGUCAAUUUCACCAAUAUCGCCAAUGCCAUCAAGGCCAUUGAGGCCAUUCGCGGCCGUGAGGAGUACAAGCGCUUCAAGGUCAACUUCGGCAAGGACCGUUGUGGUAACCCUCCUCGCCAGAUGAACAACCAGCAGGCCCAAGCCCAGCAAGCAGGUAGCGACGGCCUCCAGUCACCGUCGCCCAUCAACGGUCUGCAACCCAACCGUGGCGUUGGACCUUCUGUCUCGCCCACCGGCUCUGGCGCUCCUGGCUCUGGCGGCAGUGCGAAUGGCCAGUUCCCUUCCGUGCAGGCACCCGCCCCGGCCAACAUCCUGAACACGGGAAACAACAACCCCUUGAUGAUGUACCUCCAGGCUCAGCAGCAACAGCAGCAGCAGCAGCAACAGCAACAGCAGCAGGAGGCUAGCCUGCAACAGCAGCAGAGCCAGCAGCAGCAGCAGCAACAGUCAUACCAGUCGCCCCAGGCUGCUUUCUAUGGUGCCGACCUGAACACGACAUCGCAGCCGCACCACUCGCACACGUCGCACAACAGCACCUCGAGCUUCAGCCUUAUCAACGGCACAUCGAACGGCAACAGCUCUGGUCCCACCACGGUCGGUGGUCUCUUGGCCCCCUCGAACCUCAACGCUCGUGCACAGCACUCCCGCGCUGUGAGCCUUCCGGUCUUCACGCAGGGCCCCUUCAACCAGCCUUUGACCAGCCAAGCUACGCAGCAGAACUCGUUCGGCAGCUUGAGCUCGGGCAUCGGUGGGUUCGGCAGCGGCAACGGUGGUUACGGCCUGGCGAUCCAGGGUGACAGCGGUCUGAACGGAUGGGCCGAGGAGGAGGUUGGUGCCCAGUAA